AUGGAUCAAGGCUUCCCGGGACAGCACACCACCACGACCACCGUGACGACCAGCACUACGACUACCCAGCCUAAUAUACGAUUUGAUCCGUCAUACGCGAGGACAUUGCCUGGCAUUCUAAAAAUCGUACAAGUGGAUUACGACGGUAUAAACAGUUGGUUGCGUCAUAGACUACAAUGGAUUCUCAAAUCUCAUGUGCUAAAUCUCUUGGGAUUCAUAUGCAUAACGGUGUCGAGUCAGAGCAGCCAUAGCCGGGGGGGAUGGUUCAAUACCGUAUCCAUGAUUGGUUUCUGGUUCACGGGGAUCCUGCUCGUAUUCUACUUGUUCCACAUUAUCGAGAAGUUCUCCAGGAUUCCGUGGCUUAAGAUUGAAUUCGUAUUCUGUACGACAUGGACAGUUUUCUACUUAUUGGCCGCUUCCCUCGCAGCUGACUAUGCGCGUUACACCGAGGCUUUUGGUGUUGCAGCGUUCUUUGGCUUUUGCGCGAUGGUGGCAUAUGGUUACGAUGCUUGGCUGAAGUUCAAAGCAGUAAAGAGCGGCGCGUUGGCGCAGGGUCAGCAUACACCGAAACAAGUGUCCACUGUUGCCAGUCCGGCGUAUUAA